UUGCACUUCAGUGAUUAUCAAUACACCUCAAUCCACUUGUGCACUUUACUGGAUAAAUAUAUGGUGUAAAGUGAAUUUGUUCAGUGAUUAGAAUGAGACGUAAAUUUUCUUUGAAAACUUGUUCAGUGGUUAUGUUUAGGUUAGUCUUUGGAAUAACAAUAUUUGCACUAUUCAAGACUAUUUUAUUUCCUCCUACGACCACCGUCACUAAAAUAAUACAUCGGGAUGGUUUGCAGAAGAAAGAAAGUGUUCCCCAAUUCAGCAAGCCUAGUAAAUACCCAAAUGAAGAAUUUCUCCCGGAAAGGUCACUACGGAGAAAUGAACUUGAAGAUUUUACGAUGCACAGUCUCUUGGAUCCAAAAGAGCAAUUCGACACACCGAUAAAGAAAUUUGGAGAAAAAGAAAAAAGGAAGGUGAUUCUUUUAUUCAACAAACAAAGCUUCGAGAACGAGAUAUCAACAAAUGAAAAGUAUAAAACAUGUGAAUAUAAUAACUGCUGGAUUACAAGCAAUAAAUCGCACCUCCACACAGCAGAUGCGUUAUUGUUUGAGAUAUGUGCCAGUGGUAUGGGCACUAAACCCCCAAUUGAUACGACGGAAAGAAGUCCAAAUCAGGCAUGGAUAUUCAAAUGUGGGGAAACGCCAAUACAUCACAUCUACGGCGACUAUAAAUCUUCUGCGUGGCAUAACACAAUGAAUUGGUCCAUAUCUUACCGACUCGAUUCAGAUAUGCCUCAUCCGUACGGAUACCUAAAAACGAGGACUGUCCCGAGAAUUUUGGACUACGAAUCUAUCUAUGAAUCUAAAACAAAAACCGCGCUUUGGGUUGUAAGUAACUGCCGCGUGCAAAGUGCACGUGACUUGUAUGUUAAAGAACUUAUGAAGCACGGUGUAGAUGUCGACAUUUACGGACGCUGUGGGCCUCACAACCGCAUAGAUAAGGAAACCUUAGAACAGAUAAUACCAAAAUAUAAAUUUUACCUUGGAUUUGAGAACUCAUUAUGCAAUGAUUACAUCACAGAAAAGUUUUUCGUAUAUUACGACUACAACUUGAUUGUCGUAGUCCGAGGUGGUGCCGACUACGAUCGUCUGCUACCGACCAAAACUUACAUAAACACUGCUCACUUUCCAAAUGUGUCGCAUUUGGCUGAAUACCUUUUAAAGCUCGGAAGUGACAAGGAAAGAUACAUUGAGUUAUUGCGAAGCAAAGAUCGUUAUGAAGAAAAGUAUGAGUAUGGCCAUAAACAGAGCAUAUGUGAGCUGUGUAGAAGGCUCAAUAAUGUGUCAAAAUUUAAAAAAACAUAUUAUAAUAUCAGGGACUUUCUUGAAAACGGCCAAUGUAAAAUGCCUACGGAUGUAAGAGAUUCGACAAAUCCUUCAAGAUUUGCGAAUGAUGAACGUGUUUUCAAUAUGAUGAACACGAUGUCUGUUUCAAGUGUUUCAAGUUCCAAGCAGAACGGAAUUUCUAUGUAUGAAGUAGCAUUAUAUUGUUUUAUGAUUGGACUUUGCACUUUUGCUUCGAAAUAAUUGUACAAGUCAUGUUUGCACAUGCAUUUAGGAAGAAACUUGUAGUUAUUGAAACUAAGCUGUUACACUUAAAAAGUGACGAUAUAUUCCACGUGUUUUUUGUAGCUUUUCAAAGCUAUUGCUAGUUAUCAUUUCUUUACUAGUAUAUUAAUCUAAAUUUCUAACGCUACACCUACGUAUAUUUUUGCAAUAUCUUUCAUACUACAAAUAGCACAUUUGUGAAACUUAUCAUACGUUUAGAAAAAUAUGUUAUAAAUAUCGCACUGAAAUUUCAACAAAAUCGAAUUAUGCUAUAAUAUCAUUUUGAUCAUUUUAAGACUGCUACCGAUUUUUGACAUUUCACAAAAAGUACAUCUGAAAAUAUAAGUAAAGUUCCACAGGGCUAAAAAGUAUAUGUUAAAAUAAAAAC